GAGCUGCGAACUCACCGGCAACAUGGCACCCUCCGAGACCCUCCCUCUCGCUCAAUUCCAAAAUAGACUGACUGCAUGCUCUCGCUGAUCUUCUCCCGCUCAUAUGCCGGCGCUGAGCCCUUGAUCCAUCUGCAAGCUGCUGCAUGGAGGCGGGCUUAGAUGUGUCUGCACCGGUGUCUCCUUCACAGCGGUCGACAUGGAAGUCGGUGCUUUUAGUCGUAACAUGCACUCUCGCGAUGAUCACGAAUCUUGCCUCUUCCACUGCCGUGUCCUCAUUCCUCCCGGUCGUCGCGCGAGACCUACAAAUACCCGAGACCCAGCUCCAAUGGCUGGUGUCCGCGUUCUCUCUGUCCUCUGGAUGCCUCCUACUUCUCCUCGGCCGACUUGCCGACCUCUGGGGCCGGAAGAGAUUCUUCGUCAUCGGCACAACCUGGCUCGCCGUGUUCUCGCUCGGUUGCGGCUUUGCGCGUGAUUCAACGACGUUGUAUAUCCUCCGGGGCCUACAGGGUGUCGGCCCUGCAGCUUUCCUUCCUGCCUGUGGCAGUUGGGAAUCCUGGCCCAUGGUUUCCCCGAAUCAGGUGCACGUAACAUUGCUUUUGCUACUUUCUCGGCUGGGGCGCCUAUCGGUGGAGCUCUCGGAACGCAGAUCGGUGCGCUACUCGCUCAGAAGACCCAUGCAUCUUGGCGCUCCCCAUUCUAUUUGUUCGCUGGGUUUUCCGCUCUUUGUGUUCCUGGUGGACUGCUCGCUAUCGACAACGACGUCCCGAGUUUGGAAGCGGACAAGCGCGUAGAUUGGGUCGGUGCGUUCCUGGUAACGACGGGGCUCGUCCUCUUGUUGUUUGUGCUCGGGCAAGGCCAGCUCGCCGUACGAGGCUGGAAGACUCCAUACAUCAUCGCACUUCUACUUGUCGGGCUCUUGUUCAUCGGUCUCUUUCUCGCAUGGCAGCACCAUUUGGAGCAGAACUCGGAGCGGAGCAGAUACCUGCCUCCACCGUUGAUGAAGCUUUCGUUGUGGUCCCGCGCAAACGGCAAAUUCGCUGUUAUGCAAGUCAUCGCGUUUUGGAAUGGGCCGGUUUCCUGUCGUGGUUCUUUUGGUCUCAGGUUUAUUACGAGGACUACGUGAAGCUCGAUCCGAUCUUCACUGCUUUGCGGAUGUUGCCUAUGACAGUGGCCGGAUUCCUGUGCAACGUCUUCGUAGUGUUUCUCGUCGGCCGGGUUGACCUGGUCUACCUCGUCGUCUUUGGCACUACAUUCACCGGAGUCGGAGCCUUGUUGAUGGCGCUGAUCCAUCCGGGGGCACCGUACUGGGCCUAUGGCUUCCCAUCGCCGAUCGUCUCUGUUUUCGGCGGUGAUUUCGUCUUUGCUGCGGGGACACUGUUCAUCGCCAAGAUCUCACUACCUCACGAACAGAGCCUGUCCGGCGGUAUCUUCCAGACGCUGAUGCAGCUGGGAACCGCGUUUGGACUGGCCAUCACCAGUAUCGUGCACACAUCUGUUGGUAAAGGCCGCAGCGGAGAGAUGGGCGCUCCGCUCGAAGCAUAUCGUGCCUCACAAUGGACUGCUUUUGGCAUGGCAAUAGGCUGCUCCGUUUUGGCCGUGGUCUUCCUGCGGGGAGUGAAGCCCGUUGGCAUCUCAGCUGUUACAGAGGUACCUGAUGAAUCAAGCGUCGAUGACGCGGUGAAAUCAUAGCUAUCUCUUAUAGAACACAGUAACGAGUAUUAAUAGCUCGUGUGAAAUGAUUGACUGCCGCCGUUGAUGAUUCAUACCAAAUUCCUACUUAUCUAGCGCCCAAAUCGCCCCCAUCUUCAUCGAGUCUCCCAGAUGGUCCUCAAGCUCUACGGUUUCCCAUUUUCGAGCUGCACCCGCCGCGUUGCUGUUGUCUGCAAGGAGAUCGGUGUUCCCUUUGAGCCGAUCUCCGUCAACAUCGCCAAGGGGGAGCAGAAAUCAGCCGAGCAUCUCGCCAGACAGCCCUUCGGUGUCGUCCCUGCGAUCGACGACGAUGGGUUCACGCUCUUCGAGAGCCGCGCGAUUGCGCGAUACGUCGUCGCCAAGUACGGCAACGGCAGCACACUCGUCCCAGACCCGAAGGACAUCGCGGCGACGGCCAAGUUUGAGCAGGCUGUGAGCAUAGAGAACAACAACUUCGAUGCGAUUGCGGGCCCGAUUAUGCUCGAGAAGGUCAUGAAGCCUAUGAGGGGAAUGACGACGGAUGAGGCCAAGUUGACAUCCCUCAUCGAGAGCCUGAGCGCCAAAUUGGACGUCUACGAGCAGAUUCUUUCCAAGCAGAAGUAUCUCGCCGGGAACACCCUGACCAUCGCUGACCUUUUCCACCUUCCGUGGCUCUACGGUCUCACAACGGCGGCCAAAUUGGACCUGAUUACCAGCCGUCCAAACGUGAACCGUUGGUACGAGGAUAUCAGCUCCCGUGAGAGCUGGAAAGCCGUCAAGGAUGGGGCAUUCUAA